AUGAAAAGCUGGAUUGUACUGCUGGCAAUUGUAGUCAGCACAGCAGAAACACAAAACCAGGACAUCUGCACCCAAGGGUAUCCUGGCAUCCCUGGCAAUCCUGGGCACAAUGGCAUACCUGGUCGUGAUGGACGUGACGGGUCAAAGGGAGACAAGGGAGAUACAGGCGAACCAGGAGUACCUGGCAGACCGGGAAAAGAUGGAGUCAAUGGACAGAAAGGUGAACGAGGGACCAAUGGGACUGUUGAAGAGAAGGGGAAUAAAGGAGAUAAAGGAGAAAGAGGACCACCUGGGAAACUGGGACCAAAAGGAUUUACAGGAUCAGUGGGUUACAAAGGUCAGAAGGGAGAGCUGGGACUGCAAGGACCAAAGGGGUUAAAAGGAGACAUUGGACCCAUAGGUCCAAAAGGGACAAAGGGUGAAAUUGGCCAUCCUGGAAGAGUUGGAUUCCCAGGGCCAAUUGGCCCGAUUGGUAAUCCAGGUCCUAAAGGUAAUACUGGAAGUAUAGGGCCACAGGGUAAUCCAGGAGUUCAGGGGGAAAGAGGCUUGAAAGGAGACAGAGGAGACAAGGGCAAUGUAGGUGCCCCAGGAGUCCUGCCAAGGAGUGCUUUCAGUGUUGGCCUUACAGCCAACACCAAGUUUCCCCCUCCGAAUCGCCCGAUCAAGUUUGACAAGGUGCUGUAUAACAGCCUGAAUGACUUCAACUCAGCCACUGGCAAGUUCACCUGCAAGCACCCCGGUGUUUACUAUUUCACCUACCACAUCACUGUCUACUCAAGGAACGUGCGAGUAGCUCUCGUUAAGAACGGCAUCAAGAUGCUGCACACGGUGGACAGGUACCAAAGCGGAGAGGACCAGGCCUCGGGAGCCGCCAUCCUCGAGCUGCAGGGAGGAGACGAGGUGUGGGUGCAGGCCCACCAGGGAGAGGCUUUCAAUGGGCUGUAUGCAGACGGAGAUGACGACACCACCUUCUCUGGGUUCCUCCUGUUCGGCACCGCUGACCCGCUGGAGCCGCUGCUGCCGCCCACCCCGUAA